UACUGCCACAGUGAGAUCGGCAGCCUACAGACUCUACAUGCUGCGCAGACUUAAGUCACUGGGCACACCAGCUGAUGAGUUAAAGGGGAUAUACAUCACCUUCAUCCUGCCCAAACUUAUGUAUGCCUCACCUGUGUGGUCUUCCUCCCUCACCUGCACUCAACAGCAACAACUGGAAAAUAUCCAAAAGAGGGCCUUCAGAAUCAUACUUGGCCCUGCCUACACUGACUAUGAUCACUCCCUAUCUACCCUCGAUCUCCCCACACUGGCUACCAGACACCAAGCGGCCCUCGUCAAGAUGGGUAGAGGCCUGCUGCGCCACUCACGGCUACGGCAUCUCCUCCCCCCUGACGCGCCCCAGCCAAUCCAUGCCACACGACACACAAACGUGGUCAUGCCACUCAAGGCCCCAAGAACUGACCGUUAUCAUCAUAGUGCUAUCCCUCCAUGGUGCGAGCCAUAAAUAGCUAAGUUAAGGUUCUAAUCUUGAAUCUCCCUUAAUCCCCAUAUGUACAUCUUCAUGUAAUGCUAUCCCCCCAUGGUGCGAACCAUAAACAACCAUAAACAGCUAAGUUAAGGUUCUAAUCUUAAGUCUCCCUCAAUCCCCAUAUGUACAUUUUCAGUAUGUAUGUACUGCAAUUACUAAUAAACCGUAUUAU